AUGGCGGCUUCAGCUUGGCUACUCGGUAGGCGCUUUGCGAGCUGGAGGCCGCGGCCGCAGCUACAGGCGUUCAGUGGCCUGAUUACCCAGCAGGCCAGCUCGCUGUUGCCGGUGGAUGAUGUGAUCAAUGGUCUCAGUGAGGAGCAGAAGCAGCUUCGUCAGACCAUGACUAAGUUCCUUCAGGAGCACCUAGCCCCCCAGGCCCAGGAGAUCGACCAAAGCAACGAGUUCAAGAACCUGCGAGAGUUUUGGAAGCAGCUAGGGAACCUGGGGGUCUUGGGCAUCACAGCCCCUGUUCAGUACGGCGGCACUGGCCUGGGCUACCUGGAGCACGUGGUGGUGAUGGAGGAGAUAUCCCGAGCCUCUGGAGCAGUGGGCCUCAGUUACGGUGCCCACUCCAACCUCUGCCUCAACCAAAUUGUGCGGAAUGGAAACGAGGCCCAGAAGGAGAAGUACCUCCCCAAGCUGAUCAGUGGUGAAUACAUCGGAGCCCUGGCCAUGAGUGAGACGAAUGCUGGCUCCGAUGUUGUCUCCAUGAAGCUGAAAGCAGACAAAAAGGGAGAUUACUAUGUCCUGAAUGGCAACAAAUUCUGGAUCACCAAUGGCCCUGAUGCUGAUGUCCUUGUUGUCUAUGCCAAGACAGAUCUGGCUGCUGUGCCACCUUCUCGGGGCAUCACAGCCUUCAUUGUGGAGAAGGGUAUGCCAGGCUUCAGCACCUCCAAGAAGCUGGACAAGCUGGGGAUGAGAGGCUCUAAUACCUGUGAGCUGAUCUUUGAAGACUGCAAGGUUCCUGCUGUCAACAUCCUGGGCCAACUAAGUAAGGGCGUCUACGUGCUGAUGAGUGGGCUGGACCUGGAGCGGCUGGUGCUGGCUGGUGGGCCCCUCGGGCUCAUGCAGGCUGUCCUUGACCACACCAUUCCCUACCUGCACAUGAGGGAAGCCUUUGGCCAGAAGAUCGGCCACUUCCAGUUGAUGCAGGGAAAGAUGGCAGACAUGUACACCCGCCUCAUGGCCUGUCGGCAGUAUGUCUACAAUGUCGCCAAGGCCUGUGAUGAGGGCCACUGUACCCCCAAGGACUGUGCUGGCGUGGUUCUUUACAGUGCCGAGUGUGCCACAAAGGUAGCCCUGGACGGCAUCCAGUGUUUGGGUGGCAAUGGCUACAUCAACGACUUUCCCAUGGGCCGAUUUCUGCGAGAUGCCAAGCUGUAUGAGAUUGGGGCUGGCACCAGUGAGGUGAGGCGGCUGAUCAUCGGGAGAGCCUUCAACACAGACUUCCACUAA